AUGUCUCGCCGCCGCAAAUCGAAGGCCACCGACGCAGCCAACGAUGCUAGCAUCCUCACUGAUUCACCACCUGUCGACAAUCGUUGCUGGGCUACCGGAUUGAAGCUUGCAUUCCUGGAGUCUCGAAUGGAGGAGUGGAGGGAAGUCGAUCAGACGAAGGAAGCGGGGAGCAGGCAUUUGACUGGUAUCUCCGAUUUCUACUCCAACGUCACCACAACCUGGCUCUGCAUGUGGGGAUGGGACCUUCCUGUGGAGGAAGACGCUCCUCCUAUGGUUGAAGACCCCUCCCCGGAAGACCUGAAGGCCGUCAUCAAAUACAAUGGCCUUCCUCCUGACGAAGCUGCUCGAAGGACGAAGCUUUUCAAAGCGCUCCGUGGCCGCCUUCAGCGUUGGUUCCGCCAUCACGGGAAGAAGUCCCUCAAGGCCCUCAAGGCCGACAAGGUCGACCCCCUCACUACGAUCCUCGCCGACUUUAUGGAGGCGACGAUCAAACGUCCGCGACGCAGCUCCCCGCUCCAGUACUACCAGUGCACCUACUACGACACCCGCGUCAAGGCGACGGUUGACGCAGAGUAUAAUAGGCUGCGUGAAGCCGCGUUGUCCUCAGGCCAGACGCCUCCGAUGCACCUUCCCAUCUCCAACGCAGUCACGCAGCGUCUGUUCGAGGCCGAAAGCGAGGACUUCCGGGCCCAGCUACUGGACGAGGCUGAAGCAGACUUCCAGCAGCGCGUCGCCGAGUAUCGGGCCACCUUGGCGAAGCCCUCGCUGCCCAACAGCCCGGAAGAAUAUCACAGCGAGCUUCAGGCUGCUAGCCAAUGGCUCAACACCUUCGCUGAGCAUAUUGCACGGCGGUUGGGUAUGAACAUCUCUCUUUUCCUUGCCAGUCCUAUUGGAGAGAACAGCGGUGACAUUGGGGUACGCUGCAUUCAUGUAGGGAAAUCACCGGGUCUAUUGCCCAAACUGUGGCCCGAGUUUGACGAGGCCGCCUUCACUUCAGUCAGCAAGUCUAUGGCCAAGUUCGCGCGCCUCCAGAUGAAUGUGCCGCUCGUGCCCUACGCCGCACACCUGCAGAAGAUCAGCCACGGCAUCACUUUCCUCGACAAGAAGCCGCUCCACGACCCCCACAAGCCGUGCGACGACGCCUGUCGGCCGCGCAUCCACACCAUACGCCACGCCACGGCGGACCGAAGUAGCUCAACGACGCCCACGGACCGCGCUGCGACGCCCACGGACCGCGCCACGACACCGGCAGACCGCGCCACGACGCCCACAAACCGUUCCGCGACGCCCGCAAGUCGUUCCGCGACGCCCACGCCUGCAGACCGCGCGCCGAUGCUCGCAGACCGUGCCGCGAUGCCCACGGACCGCGCCGCGCCGCCUGUAGACGGCACAACGGUGUUCGCAUCCCACGCGAGGACGUCUGCAAGCCAUGCGGCCAUAGCACCCGCACACCGCGUGGCAACGUCUGCAAAGUGCAUGGCAAAGAAGGCUCCGCCAAUCCCGCUGCUUCCCACCACGUCUCUGCUCACCGGGGCAGCCACAAGAGCUAGCGCGCUGCUUGGCCAUGGACUCUCCUCCACUUUCCCCAGAACUCCUAGUCCUUUGCGUGGCGGGUCGGCUCCCCCGUACGUUGUGGGAGGGCGCUUGGGUGACCCAAUUCCUCCUUCCCCAACAUCUCCGACUUCACCUGCCUGCCCAACCACCCACGCUUCGAGCCACAUCCGUGCAGUGUCGACGCCCGUUCAGUCGUCCUUAUCCCGUGCUCCGUCCAUCCCGCCCAACCUCGACGCGUUCCAAGCGCUUUCGAAUGCGUCUUCUGCCCGCCCUGUGCAAACUGCCCCUGACGACGCGCUGCAGGAAAGCUUUGGACAGCCUUCGCUACUCACUCCCGCUACGGCGCCCACUCCCUCCACUGCACAUGUGCCGCCCUCGGUUCAUCAGUCUUCAAUGACACCAGCCAUCGACGGAGGUGUAGACCUGUCCCCUCUUCACGGCGGCUUUGACGACUGCCCCGACGAUGUGAGACUCAUUGUCCAGUACCUACUCGGUGAGGGCGGGUGGGGCUCGCGCUGGCAUGCUCUCGUCAAGUUGUAUGUGGAUAUCGAGCGCCGGGCCGGAUUCCAACCACGUGGGCGGCUGCCCAAAUCGACCGAGCAUCGUCCACAAGAAGUCGCCGCAUGGAUGAAGCACCACCGCCCGCUUACUGACGUCGACAUUGACAACAUUGACGUCUUCGCUAGCGGCUGGUGGGCCUGGUGGUACAACAAUCAACCUGCCGACCGGCCCAUGGGCGGCGCUGGCUGGUAUACCCCCACGAACGGUUCCACAGCGUUGUGGAUGCAGCUGUGCGUCACGGGCCCGAAUGGACUUGUGCUAUUCCUCCUUACGGCGGCUUGGUGGGGGGCAGCGGUGGAGGAUGCUGAUGCAGAGGCUCAGCAAGACUGGCUCGACGCGCUGGAAGACAUGCUCUACGUCUUCGCCCAAGUAUGGGUAGCUGCAAGGCCAGUCAGCGACGGCAGCAGUGCUGCAGCCCCCGCCCAGCAAAGGAACCGCGGCUUGGAGGUGCCCAGCCGCAUCGGCGCCGUGAAGAAGCGCAAGGUCUAG